UCCCUCCCCCCAUAUCCGUGCGCCGAGCUGAUAAAGGCGCCAUUUUGGAGGGGCCGCGGGAGACGUGGUGUCGCUGCGGGCUCGCUCUGCCGUGCGCUAGGCUUGGUGGGAAGGCCUGUUCUCGAGUCCGCGCUUUUCGUCGCCGCCAUGUCGGGAGGUGGUGUGAUUCGUGGCCCGGCAGGGAACAACGAUUGCCGCAUCUACGUGGGUAACUUACCUCCAGACAUCCGAACCAAGGACAUUGAGGACGUGUUCUACAAAUACGGUGCUAUCCGUGACAUCGAUCUCAAGAAUCGCCGCGGAGGACCGCCCUUCGCCUUCGUUGAGUUCGAGGACCCUCGAGACGCGGAAGACGCGGUAUAUGGUCGCGACGGCUAUGAUUACGAUGGAUACCGUCUGCGGGUGGAGUUUCCUCGAAGCGGCCGUGGCACCGGCCGAGGCGGCGGCGGGGGUGGAGGUGGCGGGGCUCCCCGAGGCCGCUAUGGCCCCCCAUCCAGGCGUUCUGAAAACAGAGUGGUUGUCUCUGGACUGCCUCCAAGUGGAAGCUGGCAGGAUCUGAAGGAUCACAUGCGUGAAGCAGGUGAUGUAUGUUAUGCUGAUGUUUACCGAGAUGGCACUGGUGUCGUGGAGUUUGUACGGAAAGAAGAUAUGACCUAUGCAGUUCGAAAACUGGAUAACACUAAGUUUAGAUCCCAUGAGGGAGAAACUGCCUACAUCCGGGUUAAAGUUGAUGGGCCCAGAAGUCCAAGUUAUGGAAGAUCACGAUCUCGAAGCCGUAGUCGUAGCAGAAGCCGUAGCAGAAGCAACAGCAGGAGUCGCAGUUAUUCCCCAAGGAGAAGCAGAGGAUCACCACGCUAUUCUCCCCGUCAUAGCAGAUCUCGCUCUCGUACAUAAGAUGAUUGGUGACACUUUUUGUAGAACCCAUGUUGUAUACAGUUUUCCUUUACUCAGUACAAUCUUUUCAUUUUUUAAUUCAAACUGUUUUGUUCAGAAUGGGCUAAAGUGUUGAAUUGCAUUCUUGUGUAAUAUCCCCUUGCUCCUAACAUCUACAUUCCCCUCAUGUCUGCUAAAAUGUAUUUUAAGUGAUGUCAUAGACAGGAUUGUUUAAAUUUAGUUAACUCUCCAUGCUCUUCAGACUGUGAUAUUGUGUAAAUGUCUAUUCUGCUCUGGUUUGUGUGAACUGGGGAUGUUGGGGGGUGUUUGUGGUUAUCUUACCUGGGGAAGUUCUUAUGUUUAUCUUGCUUUUCAUGUGUCUUUCUGUAGACAUAUCUGAAGAGAUGGAUUAAGAAUGCUUUGGAUUAAGGAUUGUGGAGCACAUUUCAAUCAUUUUAGGAUUGUCAAAAGGAGGAUUGAGGAGGAUCAGAUCAAUAAUGGAGGCAAUGGUAUGACUCCAAGUGCUAUUGUCACAGAUGAAAUUGGCAGUAUUGACCUUAUACUAAAAGGCAAGGGUUUAAAGUGAUUAUAUACAUCUACCUUAAAACACUUGCAAACAUCUUAUGCAGUUAUCUUUAGCUACAAUUGCUUUGCUCUUUAAACCUUGGCAAUUGUGGCAAAUGUUACAUUGCCCAUUUUGUAACAAUUUAUUUUGCUCCCUUCCCCCCUUUUUUGUUUUAAUAGGGACUAAUGUGGGAAGAACUGGCUAAUUUGUCACAGUGCUUAGUUACAACUGUUAAUGUGUGACCUGCUGUUGGUGUACAUGUGGGUACAGGGUGUCUUUAAUUCCAACCAGAUAGAGUAUAAUAUCAAUACUGCUAAAUCUGCAUGUCCUCUGUGUGACUGAUAUAGCGUUGCUAUUUCAUUUUUUUAAGACAAAAUGAAAGCAAAAUAGAGAAUUCCAAUGUAUUGGUGUAGAUAAUCUAGUUGGGAAUACUUUUUAAGUCUCACCUUCCCCUUUUAACUAAUGUUCAUAAUUGACUCGUUUAAAACACUUUAAUUUACAAAUUAAAUUGCAGAUGGGAGCAUUAGGUUUAGUUUAGACUUAGGGUGGGUAGCAAUACCAGUAAACUUUUCAACUACAUAACUUUUUGCAACCACAAAACCUGUAAUACGCUGUACAGUAACAAGUGUUGGCAUUAUCAGUUGAACUGUAAAUAUAAAAUGCUUCUUCCAAUUAGUCUCUAUGAUGAUUAAGUUUCUAAAAUUUAUCUGAACACCAUUCAGAAACUUGUUUUGGGGAAUUUGAUAGUUAUUGAUGUACAUCUGUUAAACUGAUGACAGACAUAACUCAUCAUUCCCCAGAAACCUUUUUUGAUUACAGUAUCUAACAUUUUGCCUCCUCUUUUUUGGUUUUGCUGGUUAUAAAGGUUUGGAUUGGAGAGGGCUCACUGGAUCCCAAUCCUUGGAGCUGGAUCAUUGGAUUCAAAUCAUAAUGUGGAUAGGAUAGGGAGGAUGAAUUACAAGGAUUCAUGGAGCGGGAUCAGAUUACCAGGAACAUAGGAGUGGAUUCCUGCCCCAACCAAACCGCAUUCGUGUGGAUUUUUUUUUUUUUUUUAUUCAACUUAAUUGGCUAUUCCAAAGAUUUUUUUUUUCCUAUUUUUGACGAUUGGAGCCCUUAAGAUGCACGAUGGAAUUGUGUUUUGCAUUUUUUGGUAAAAGGAGCAAAGCGAGGACCUGGAGAUAAUACGCUGGAGCAAUCUCCUUGGAAGGAUUCAGCACGAGUAGAUGGUAAACAUUUAAAGGGGAAAGGGGGGGUUUGUUUAAAAUAGUAAAUCAGUAAGUCACUUCUAAAUUUAAAGAACAAAAUUGGAGUUGAAGAAUAAGUAGGUUUCCAAUUGGCUAUUGCCGUUUUUCUUUGAAAAAAAAAUAAACAUUUUUUAAAAAACUA